AUGAUUGAUUUUCUCUUACUUCAUUUGAGAUCGUUUAAAUUAUGAGUGGACAAAGCGGAUGUUGAUCUUGAAGAUGAUGAUUUCGACAAAGAUAUUGUCGUUGUGGAACCGAACAAAGAGAAUGAGGAAGAAGGAAUGGAGCAUGAUGGAGAGGAUGCAGAGAAUCUGAACCCUAAGAUUGACCCAGCCAAACUAAAAUUGAAAUAUGAGGAUUACAAGAAAAUGUCUUCAUAUGAGAGCCGACGAACACAAACUCGGCGAUGA